AUGGCGGAAAUUCCACAUUCUAUAUUGGAAGUUGCUUUCCUGGCAAUCAGUGCCAUUAGUCAACAAGGACCCGAAAAGGAACCCAUUGGUAUGCAUGGGAAAACAGUGACGUGGUUUCUGUUUCUUGCGUUUAUGUUUCUCUAUGCAGCGUAUUCAGCAAGUAUUUUUGCUUUAUUGCAAGCAACAAGUUCCGAAAUCCAGAGUAUUGAAGAUUUAUUGAAGAGUCCUUUGCAUGUUGGCUUCCAUGACAGCAGUUUCAUGCGACGAAUUAUUCCUAAUAUAAUUGGCGAUGAGAGACUACAAAUUCUCGAAAAAUCAGGCAUUAAUAAGAUGAACAAUUUUGACUUUUCGAAAUUUAUCUCAAGAAAUGACGGAAUAAAAAGAGUACAAACAGAAUUGUUUGCUUUUCAUAUUGAAACACACAUAGGAUACACCUUAAUAGAAGAAACAUUUGAAGAAGUUGAAAAAUGUAACCUAGAAGAAAUCCAAUUUCUACAGUUUCCAACCGAUUUGUACUUUGCAAUCAAAAAGAAUUCGCCAUUAUUUGAAAUGUUUAAAAUUGGUUUCCUCAUAUUAAGAGAACGUGGCAUCCAUCAUCGUGAAUCUACCUUGCUGCAUACACCUAAGCCUAGAUGCUGGACAUUAGACCGCAACUUUGACAGUGUUGGAAUCCUCGACUGUUAUUUUGCCCUAACACUAUUUGCAGGCGGUGUAAUAUUAUCACUUAUAAUACUUUUAAUUGAAUUAGUUAUGGCUAAAAUUAAACUGUAAGUUUGGUUAUGUUAUUAAGGAUGGUUGAAGGUUAUGUGCUGGGAUUUUCGAAAACAAAAUUUAUUUACCAACAAAGUUUCAUAUAAAGGAAUAACAUCUAAAAGUAGAGACACCCCUGAAAUUUUGUAUAAAAACAUUGCUUAAUAUGAUGUAAAGAUUUUCAUAGCCUAAAACAGUUUAGUUGAAUGUUGAUAUAAAUAUGACUAGAGUUAAUAAUGAUGUGAC